AUGCAGUCGGUUAAUAAAAUAAGGUCUACUGAUGACGGGGGAUUGUUAGAUAAUUCUACUGAGAGCGGUUGUUAUAAUAAAAAUACAGUUGGAAAUAAACGAAAAAAAGCAUCUCGUUUGUCAGCCGCGGCCGCUGCGGGUCAAGAUAAUUUUAUUCAUAUUGAGUCAACGUUAAAAGGAAAAAUUAAAUGGUUUUAUAAAAAAAAUAUGAACCAUGCGGUUGAUUAUACUGAAUUUUUAAAUAACUCGAAGCCGCAAAUAACAAAUAUUCUAAAUUCAAUGGUUUCAAUUCAUCCAAUUAAAUACAAUUUAAAACUAGAAGUAACUUACAGUAUACCACAGCAAGAUAAAACUUCUGAAAAACGUGCUUUUAAAACAUCUGCUAGAGAGCUUUAUUCACCGAGUGACUUGAACACUGCUGUUCUCGAUGACUUUAAAAAGCUCCUUGAAGAGGAAGAUGAUUAUCCACUACGUGUAUCAGAUACGGAAAAACCUAACCAUUAUGAUUUACUGCUCGUAGAAGAUGAGACUUCUGAUUUGAGUCACUAUACAUAUAUUACAAAUUUCGUGAGACUAAUCCAUAGUCAAAAAAUAAAAAACCACAGCAAUAUGGUUUUUUGUAAAAAAUGUUUUACCGGGUUCGAUAUUUGUACAAAACUAAAUAAACUAUCGGGUCAAGAGGCGCUUGACCAACAUGCUAAAAUUUGCAAUACUCAUAAAACUAUUUUACCGGUAAUGCCCGAAGCAGGCUCAGUUUUAAAAUUUGAUGCGUGGGGCAAAACAGUUAGACAUCCGUUUGUGAUAUAUGCCGAUUUCGAAGCACUUUUAAUAAAACCAGAUAUUUCAGACAGCAAAAGUGGAAAUACUAAUAUUGUUGAGGAACAUAAAUUAAUGUCUUAUGGAUUUUUUGUAAAGGCUGCAGACAAUAUACUUAUAGACAUUUUAAAACAGUAUAGUAUCCCUCUAACGCCCAUAUGGUUUUGUGGAUCACAAACAAUCAAUUCUGAAGAAGUAGCAAAACGCUUUGUGGAGGCAAUUGUUGAAGUAGCUACAAACAUAAGUGCACUACUUCAGACGAAUACACCAAUAAAAUUUACCGACACUGAAGCUCAGAGGCAUGCAGUCGCUACAUGUUGUGAAAUUUGUCAUUGUAGUUUUACACAGUCCAACCAAAAAAUAGCUGAUCACGACCAUUUAUGUGGAAAAUUCAACACAUGCAAUCUUAAGCUUCGUACACCUAACUUUAUACCGGUGUUCUUUCACAGUUUAAGCCAUUAUGAUGCACAUUUUAUCGUCACACAACUAGGAUUUCUCGAUAGCUGUCGUUUUACACCAAGUAGUCUAUCUGCAUUGACCACAGAUCUUGCCAAAGCCGGUCUUUCGAAUUUUCAAAAGACAGCCAAAGUGUUUUGCUCCAAAGACAUACCAUUAAUGACCAAAAAAGGAGUUUUUCCCUAUUCUUUCGUCGACGAGUGGUCAAAUUUUGAGGUCACCAGUUUGCCAGCACGUGAACAGUUCAACUCGCUCACAGGUGAACAUAUUAGCAUACAAGAUUACGAACAUGCAGUACAAGUUUGGAAUCAUUUUCAAUUAUUCUACUUUACGAGCCCUGGAUUAAGUUUCGACGCUAUGUUAAAACAUAGCAUGGUGCAUUUGGAUCUUUUAAAUGACUAUGAAAUGGUACUGCUAAUUGAAAAUGGAACCUGCGGCGGCCUCGUACAGGCCUGUACACGCUGGGCUAAAGCUAAUAAUCCUAAGACACCUGGUUACAAUCCCGACAAGCCGAACACAUGGUUAAUUUACCAAGAUGCAACAAAUUUGUAUGGAUAUGCAAUGAUAUGCCGUCUGGAAGCUUUCAGUGGUACACCGGAAGCGGGGAAGAAGCACUGA